AUGGUCACAGUUUAUUCGUUCGGGCUUGGCACUCGUCACAUCCAGCUGGCGUGCAUGUGCGGCGCGCUCACCGGCCUGUUCCUCGUGCGCUCCAGCAUGGGCAUCGCCGUGCUCGCCAUGACCGACGACGAGAGGCCGGACGGACCUGAAACGUACUGCUGGGACAAGCGCACGCAGGGCUACAUCCUGUCGUCGUUCUUCUGCGGCUACGCGGUGAUGCAGGUGCCGGGCGGGCUGCUGGCGAAGCGCUUCGGCGGCAAGCGCGUGCUGCUGGUUGCGCUGCUCGUGAACGCCGUGCUCUGCAUCUGCAUACCUACCGUGGCCUACUUGGGUGGCUGGGCGUCGGUGUGCAUGGCGCGGUUCGGCAUGGGGCUGGCGCAGGCGGUCACGUUCCCCUCCAUGCACACCAUGCUGGGCCGCUGGCUGCCGCAGCACGAGCGCACCUCCUACGGCGGAUACGUCUAUGCGUUCCCGAACCUGGGCAUCAUCAUCAGCAUGCCGCUGGCCGGGGUGCUCUCGGAGACGGUGCUGGGCUGGAAGCUGAUCUUCUACGUGUCGGCGGCGGUGCUGCUGGCGGUGGCGGCGGCGUGGGCGCGCUGGGCCGCCUCCUGCCCCGCGCAACACCCGCUCAUGACCGAGGCAGAGAGGAUGUAUAUAGAGAAGGAUAUGCCGUAUACUUGCGAAGAGCAACCCUCUGUGAAGGUCCCGUGGCGCUACAUCGUGCGCUGCCGCGGCUUCUGGGCCAUCCUGGCGGCGCACCAGGCCUUCUCCAUCUCGCACAUCUUCUUCUUCGUGGACAUGCCCACCUACCUCGAGAAGGGACUCGAUAUCUCUCUGCAAAAAAGCGCGUGGCUGUCGGCGCUGCCGUACGUGGGCAUGCUGCUAGGGUCAUUCUUCUCGGCGUGGCUGUGCGGCGCGCUGCUCGACCGACAGCUGGUCUCUGUGAAGACCUGCCGGAGGGUCUUCAACUCGAUUGGUCUGUACGGCACGUCGGUGUUCCUGCUGCUGCUGGUGCCGGCGCGGAGCAGCGCGCUGGCCGUGGGCUGCCUGGUCGCGCUGCUCACGCUGCAGAGCUUCGUCUCCGUCGGAUUCGUUAUGAACCACCUGGACCUGUCUCCGAACUUCGCGGGCGUGAUGAUGUCGAUGUCCAACGCGCCCGCCAACGUGUGCUCCUUCCUCACGCCGCUCGUCGCCAGCUACGUGCUCAGAAACGACCCAACGGACCUGGCGCGCUGGCACGUGAUGUUCGUGGCGAUGGCGGCGUGGGUGGCGGCGUCCAACACGGCGUACCUGCUGCAGCUGCGCACCGACCUGCAGCCCUGGGACGACCCCGAGUACGUGCGCCGGGAGGACAAGCGCAGAGAGGAAAAUGAAGCAGUUCAAGCGAUGCUCGAUGAGUAAUGGAAGCGUCAACUUACAGUGAUCAGUGAUUGAUAAGUGAUAAUCGUUAUUUUAUAAACUUUUUAGAUAAUAAUAUUAUACUAUUUAAGGUUGUAAUAAAAUCAUAAAUACCUACUUAAUUAUGUUAUUAA